AACUAGGAGGAAAACGCCGCUCGAUGGAGGAUCAGAUUGAGACGCACCAGCACCACCUCUGCGGAUGAUUUGACCGACCUUCCCAAGUCCUUUUUUUUUUUCUUUUUUUUCUGUCAGGCAACCAGGAGGACCAGGGCUGGCCCCGCACAAUCCGGCUCCGUAGAAUGGGGAAUCUGGCGCUCUUCACCGGGUAACAUAAUAAUAUGUUGCUGUGAUGUUGCUGCUUGUUCUCUGCAGGAGUGACGCAACCAUGUCUGAACAAGUCAACCAAGCAAGGUUCAUAACCAAUAGGAUCAGCGAGGGGAUAACUUAUUAUUACACUCCCUUCUUGGUGGCAGAGGAACAGACAGUAUUUGCUGCCGAAGACUCUCAGACUUCCACUGCACUUUGCCCCAACUCCUCCCCGUCUCCCUCCGCUCUGCCCGUCAGCGACUCCUCCUCUGCAGAUCCUUCCUCCUCUCCGUUGCUCUCAGAUUCACCUUCACGCACACCCGCAUCCUCUCAAAACCAAUCAGACUCCUCAUCCACUUCGCGUCCUCUUCUUCUCUUCUUCUCCUGGCUCGGUGCCCGGCCAGCGGCGGUGGGCAAAUACAGGGACCUCUACCUGGACCGUGGCAUGGAUGUCCUCCUGGUCCAGAGCAAAGUAAUGCACUUCCUGUGGCCUCGAUGGGGGCUCGACUACGGGAUGGAGGUGUUGAAGGUCCUGGAGCAGCCUCAGUUCUCAGAGAGGGCGGUGCUGGUCCACGCCUCCUCCAUCGGGGGCUUCACUUUCACGCAGACACUCAUCAACGUUGCUCAAGGACGGAAACAACAUGCAGGCCUGGACCAGAGGGUGAUCGGGCACAUCUAUGACAGCUUGGUGGUCGGCACUCUGGAGCACAUGGCGAUAGGCCUUGGAAAGACUCUGGUUCCACGGCUAGAGAGCUUUGUCAAAAACGCCGCAAUGCUUUACUUCUGGCUCUUCAAAAAACACACGGCAGACAUCUACGACAACAGCAUCCAGGCUUUCUACGACAGCCCAAUUACCGCACCGGCCCUCUUCUUCUUCAGCGAAAACGACGCCAUGUGCGACACGGCUGACAUGGAGAAGUUGAUUGACCACUGGAGGAUGAGGGGCGUGACUGUGGAGAGCAGGAAGUGGAAGGUGUCGAAGCAUGCCGCCCACAUGCGAUGCCACCCAGAAGACUACCUCUCUACGCUGGAGAAAUACUUAAAAUCCCUUGCCAUCUCCUCCUCCAGGGCAAAUGUUAGGGGCCUAAAUGCGUAGUUUGACAGAUUUUGACGCUUCAUGAUUCCAAACAUAAUUCACUGGGAUCUUAUCUUGCAGCUGCAGCAUAAUUAAUGGUGUAAUUUACCAAAGACAUUUUGUCUCUCCUUCUAAGCAUCCUAAUUUGUUUGACUUUGUUGUUUUGAUUUCAGCUAAAGUUACAUUUAAAGUGAUAUGCACUGUUUAUUAAUUGAUUAAUGUGAAUUCUUGUGAUGCUUUCAUUGCACAGGAAGUGUUAUUUAUUGAAUUAUUGUUGCACCUUAGUACCAGAUCUGGUAGUUGUACUUACCAUGUGUGGUUGUUGCACUUGGAUACCAGACCUGGUUUUGCACAAUAUGUGGAAUACAACUUGUAGAGCUCUAAUGAGUGUCCUGGGACAGAGGAUGUCGCAUGUGUACGGAUUGUAAAUCCCUUUGAGGCAAAUUUGUGUUUUUUGAUUCUGGGCUAUACUAAAUAAAUGUAAUUAAAU